UUUUUAGUAUAUAAUUGGAGCCCCGAUAUAGUUGUCAGUUGUCACUUAUAGAUAUGAUGGCUUUAAUAAGAUUUUUUUAUUAAAGUCAUUUUAUGUAAAUCAAAACAAAAAUCAAGUUUUUAUUCAAAUAGUAUUGGGCCUACUGAAUCAAAUCACUAUAACGAACCAAAACAAGCUCAUAAAUUUCCCACUCGUGUAAACCGGUCCAGUCAGAUGCUAUCCAAACCGGGAGCUUCAAAAUCGAUUCUCAUCGUUCCGCACGAUCGAAGCGAAGAAGGAGAGAUCUCUCUGUAGCGAAAAUGGAGACGGCGAAACCGAUUGGGAGUCCGAUUCCGGUGGCGAUUUACCCGACUUUGUCGGUGUUCACUCUAGCGAUUGGCCUCGUCAUCACCGCGUUCUUCUUCAUCUAUGAAGCUACAUCAUCUAGGAAAAACCGUAGCCUCGGGAUGGAGCUCGCAUCUGCAACAGUAGCAUCUGUUUUCUUGGGGUUUGGAUCAUUGUUUUUGCUACUUGCGAGUGGUGUUUAUGUCUGAUACUUCUUCCUCAAUACUGUUCCCGACUAGUUCAUUUAAGGAGUGAAAAAAUCAAGAGUUUUGAUGAAUUAAAAAAGUGCGGUUAAAUAAUAAAAUUUAACCAACAGAUUUUUUUUUUUA